AUGUCUGGUCAAAGGAUUAUGGAGGACAAUACUGAAGAAAUCCAGUAUUGCUUUCCAGACAAGAAUUUGUCAUGUGUCAAAAAGAUCAUGCCUAAAGUGGAAAAUGUAAUUUUGUACAUGUUCAUUUCUUUUUUAUCAGUGUUUGCUGUGUUUCUGAACCUGCUGGUGAUCAUCUCCAUCUCUCACUUCAGACAGGUUCACACUCCAACCAACAUGAUUGUUCUCUCUCUGGCUGUGGCUGAUCUGAUUGUGGGACUGAUUGUUAUACCUUUAAUGGGAAUACGAUACAUAGAGUCAUGCUGGUACUUUGGAGAGACAUUUUGUUUUCUAUUUUUAUUCAUUAUUUUUAUGGUCGUUACAGCAUCUCUUGGUAAUUUAGUGUUUGUAUCUGUAGAUCGUUACAUUGCCGUGAGUGAUCCUCUGAGAUAUACAGUAAGGGUCACGACUGAUAGAAUUGUUAUUUGCAUUGUUAUAAACUGGCUUUGCUCUGGUGUAUAUUCUUUUAUUAUAUUGUACAAUACUAUGUUUUACUCAAAGACACUAGACAGAUGUUAUGGACACUGUACAAUUUUUUUUAAGUUUGAACAUUUUGUCACAGACCUCAUUUUCACUUUGGUUGCCCCUUCUUGUGUAAUAAUGUCUAUAUAUGUAAAGAUUUUUUGUGUUGCGAAACAUCAGGCCAAAGUGGUAAAUUCUGUGACAGGGGUCAACAAGUCACAACGAAAGGCAGGAAAAACUUUGGGGAUUGUUGUAAUGGUUUUCUUUACGUGUUGGAUACCAUAUUAUAUAGUCACUCUUAUUGAAGGAAAUGAAGUAACAGAAUCUGUUGAACUUAAUGUAACAUGCUAGAUUUUGUACAUGAAUUCCUGUAUGAAUCCGCUCAUCUAUUCUCUGUUUUAUAAAUGGUUUAGAAUAUCAGCCAAACACAUUCUGACUCUAAGAAUUUUUAAACCAUCAUCAGAAUACUUCAAUCUUUUCCCUGAGGAUAAAUGA